AUGGCUACCGCCGAGAAGCACGAAAAGAGCGAGAAGCUCCCCUUUGACAAGGAGAAGCUCAAGCAGGAGUUCGACCUGUCCCACUUCGAUAUCAACUCAGUCAUUCGAGGUGCCCAGCUGACGCUGGUUGGAGCUCAUCGAGCUCUCCAGAAUCCCGCUAUAUUCACCUCGGAUCAUUACCGACAAGCUGGCGUCGCCGUCUUGACCGGCCUAGCUAUCCGCCUUAUUAUAUCCAUUCCCAUUAUUGGAGUCAAGGUUCUGCUCUGGUUCCUAUCCUUGAUUUUCAGCCUAGACCAUGUCACCUGGGACGACAACAUCGUGGGAGGCCUCAACUUCGUUGAGGAAUAUGUCCUUCAAGUUCCUUUCUUCCUGAUGGCUCUGAUGCGCUACGUCACUCCCACUCUUGACAACAUGCAAGUUGAACUUUUGGUCUGGAGCUCCAUAUAUCACUCGCUGACACUCGCCCAGAAGCACAAGUACGACGACCCGGACAAGCUGCGAGACAUGUAUUAUCCCAAUCUCAGACUGUACAAGGUCAGCGACGGCAGCACCCACUCAACGAGUACUGCGGAGGCCAUCAGCAUGUUCUUGUACCGUUUUGCUCGCAAGGGCGCCAUCUCCCUCGCUGUUUUCGCUCUUUCUUACCUACCCGUUGUCGGCCGAUUUGUGCUGCCUGCUGCCAGUUUUUACACUUUUAACAAAGCCGUCGGCUUAGGCCCAGCUUCAGUCAUUUUUGGGACCGGCAUUUUCCUGCCCAAGCGUUACUUGGUUAUCUUCCUGCAGAGCUAUUUUGCCUCGAGGAGUUUGAUGAGAGAACUGCUAGAGCCGUACUUUUCUCGAGUGCACUUCACUAAAGAGCAGAAGCGGAACUGGUUCCGCAGCCGUGAAGGCCUCCUGUUCGGCUUCGCCAUUGGGUUUUACACUAUGAUCAAGAUCCCCUUGGUCGGUGUCCUGAUAUACGGUAUUGCAGAAGCAUCAACUGCAUAUUUGAUUACCAAGAUCACCGACCCUCCCCCGCCCCCCAGCGAGAAGGCCGCUUUUGCCGAGAGCCAGCAGGAAUGGACAAACAAGCACGAAUUUCUCAAUCUGUCCCUCAGCAAUCUGGAUUCCAUCCACCAGAAGCCACACCAGGCGCAGCCGACAAGGGACACACAGAAACAGCUGUAA